AAACCUCAGGAGGAAGAAGAAAAAGAAGACCCACUACAACGUCAUCACGCACAACGUGUAUUACUGAAGCAACAUGGCUAUGAAUGGAGCUGACGAGGACUUCGAGUGGGAGCCUCCAACUGAGGCAGAGAUGAAGGUGAUCCAAGCUCGCAGGGAGCGGCAAGACAAAAUCAGCAAGCUGAUGGGAGACUACCUGCUCAAGGGAUACAAGAUGCUGGGAGAAUGUUGUGAUGUGUGUGGGACGAUUCUUCUGCAGAACAAACAGCAGAAGAACUACUGUGUAUCAUGCCAGGAGCUAGACUCGGAUAUAGACAAGGACAACCCUGCUCUAAAUGCACAGGCAGCAUUGUCCCAGGUUAGAGAAAGACAGCUUGCAGCACAGUCCCCUGCACCGUCUCAGGUCCCUGAGCUAAGCAGGGUCCCCAGUAGCAUUCAGGCAAGUGUGUCAGUUCCUCAGCCCAGACCGGAGCACUGUGAGGGUGCUGCUGCAGGGGGAAGGGCCUCUCUACUUCCACCUGCUGUCCCUUCAACUUCAGCACCUGCCUCCACCACAGCCCUGGCUCCCACUCAACCCCCAGUUUGUCCACAGAGCACUGCCCUCCAACCUGUGUUGCAAGAAGCUGAGGAAGCUGUUCUAACCAAACUUCGCUGGGCCACCACCCAGCUUCAGAGUUCACCUUCCCUGGAGGCAAGUAUCCAACUUUGCAGCCUCAUCGCCAGCUGUGCCAAUUCACUGCGCAGCCUCAAGGAGCUCAGCCAGUAACUUUAUCAUGGACUGGUUGAAACCAUGGAGUAAUGGGAAUGCUGUCUUGGAAUACUGACUCUGCUUUGCUGCCUUGCAGCACCUCUCUGUGACUGACUCCUUGCCUAGAGCUGAAUUCAAAAUUGGUCAGAAAAUGCAUUUGAAACAGGAUUCAAGUAUCAGGUCUUGGGUUACUCUUGAGAUGAUUUAGCUGUAUGGCUGCCAGAAAUAUGUUACAAGGUUUCUUAAUAUUUUUAACAGCUUUAGGUUGUAAGUUACCAUAGAAUUAUGAAAGUACAGCAAUUGUCUGUAUUAAUUUAAACAAGCUGGCCAUUAAAUCUAUAUUCUGCCAAAAAAAAUAAUACUAACAGAUAUUCAUAGACUUAUGGGGAAUUGACAAAUGGUGUUUUUCUGAUUGGUGGUUAUGCAGUAUCCCAAAACAGUGUAGCUUUGCAAAUCACAAAAGUUGAACAAAAGCUAAAAUCCUGGCGCACACAUGCUUGUAUAUAUGCGUAUCUGCACUAGAAGAGUCUGUGUUGAUAUACAGCAUGCUGCUAGACUGUAAGUCUGCAUUCUUCAAUUUGCUGCUCAGUCUGAUGGCCAGAUUUCUGGUGUCUACGCCCUGGUGAUGCAGAGAUCGUCAUAGUGUGCAGUGUUGAGUGUAAAUAUAUUUGAUUCAUGAUGAUGAUAAUGGUCAGGAUAUUCACUGAGGGUCUGGUGAGACAGUGUAACAUUCAGGAGUCAGGCUCAUUGUUCACUAUAGACAUGUAGAAUAAAAUGCAGUGUAUAUGAAUAGACAGCACUUCAUAUUUGUAAAAGCAAUCUUCAGUGUUGUUCAAGGAAGUCAGAGUUUUCUAAUUGGGUACCUGAAUAAAGCUUUGUCUGUU